GUGUAAAUACACCUACAAAACCCCUCUCAUAACGUUUUUGUUUUAAAUAAGGAGGAUAGAACCAACUGCACCGAUUCUGACUCUCAGUUGCAAGUUGCAAGUUGCAAGUUGCAAGUUACAAGUUGCAACCCCUACAAUUAACACUUGUUUUCCCAAUUUCAGCUGAACCUGAGGUAUGAAUCUCCUUUCCUCCCAUUUCUUUCUCUUCUACAGUUGUUUCUCUCUUGCUUUUGCUUUGAACCCUGAUGGACUCACUCUCUUGUCCCUCCUAACCCACUGGACAUCUUUGCCCUCUUCCCUAGCCUUAUCCUGGAAUGCCUCCGACCCAACUCCAUGCAAUUGGGUUGGGGUAGUAUGUAACACCAACCACAACGUUGCCACCCUCAACCUCUCCGGUUAUGCCAUUUCUGGUCAACUCCCACCAGAAAUCGGCCAUCUCAGGCAAUUACAAACUCUUGACUUGAGCUAUAAUAAUUUCUCUGGUAUCAUACCCUCCCUUUUGGCCAACUGCACCUCUCUUCAAUUACUAGACUUGUCAGUAAACACACUUACUGGACCAAUACCUGACCUCAAACGCUUGCAAAAUUUGUGGUUCAUCAACUUAUAUUCUAAUUUCUUGAGUGGUGAAAUCCCGCCAUCUUUGUUUCAGUUGGCCCACCUACAGUACCUAUAUUUGAACACUAACAAUUUUAGUGGUUUGAUACCUGUGAGUGUUGGGAACUUGAGUCAGGUUGUGGCACUAUGGUUAUAUGAUAACCACUUUUCAGGUUCCAUCCCCGAGUCUAUUGGCAAUUGUAGUAACCUGCAAGAUCUUUAUUUGGAUUGGAAUCAUUUGAUUGGUGUUUUGCCCCAGAGUCUUAACAAUCUUGAAAAUCUUGUGUAUUUGGAUGUUAGCAAUAACAGUCUUCAGGGUAUUAUUCCUUUAGGUUCAGGGAGUUGCAGGAAUUUGAGUAUCCUAGAUUUGUCAUUCAAUAGCUUUAGUGGGGUUCUUCCACCAAACUUGGCCAAUUGCAGUGGCUUAAUAGAGUUGGUUGCUGUGCACAGUAACUUGACAGGAGCCAUUCCCCCUUCCUUAGGCCAACUACAGAAGCUUCAGAAACUUGACCUUUCUGAGAAUCUUUUAUCUGGGAAGAUUCCCCCUCAACUCGGGAAAUGCAAGUCCUUGAACAGACUAUUGUUGUACAACAAUCUACUGGAGGGGGAAAUACCAAGUGAGUUGGGUAUGCUAAGUGAAUUGCAAGACCUCGAGUUGUUUUCCAACAGUUUGAGUGGUGAGAUUCCAAAAAGCAUUUGGAAAAUACCAAGCUUAGAGUACCUCAUUGUGUACCAGAACCAUCUUGCUGGGGAGCUGCCUUCGGAGAUAACCGAGCUCAGGCAACUCAAAAACAUUUCAUUGUUUGACAAUCAGUUUUUUGGAGUCUUACCUCAAAGUUUGGGGAUCAGUGCUAGCUUAGAGGAAUUGGAUUUAACAAACAACAGAUUCACUGGUGAAAUUCCACCAAAUCUUUGCUUUAGGAAGCAGCUUCGGGUGCUGAAUCUGGGUAAAAACCAGUUUAAUGGUGGCAUACCUUCUGGCAUAGGAGGCUGCAAUACUCUAUGGAGACUAAUCCUCGCACAGAAUAAUCUCACCGGGGUUCUUCCAGAGUUCGUAGAAAAUCCAAAUCUUUCCCACAUGGACAUCAGUGAAAAUCAGAUCACUGGUCAAAUUCCCUCAACUUUGGGAAACUGUAGCAAUCUCACAUCAAUUGAUUUGUCCAUGAAUGAACUUGCAGGGUUUGUACCUCCAGAGCUGGGAAAUCUUUCAAGCCUUCAGGUACUGAAUCUGUCUCACAACAAACUGGAAGGUUCGUUGCCAUCUCAGUUAUCAAAUUGCAAGAAAUUAGAGAAGUUUGAUGUGGGGUUCAAUUCACUGAAUGGUUCAGUCCCAUCUGAUUUGAGGAACUGGAAGCAUUUAUCAACUCUGAUUUUAAGCGAAAACAAGUUUACUGGCGGCAUUCCAUCUUUCUUGUCAGAAUUUGAUGUGCUUUCAGAGCUACAACUUGGUGGAAACUGCUUUGGUGGUGAGAUUCCCUCAUCUAUUGGGGCUUUGGAGAAUUUGAUAUAUGCCUUGAAUCUCAGCAGUAAUGGUUUGACUGGCCAAAUUCCUCCGGAGCUAAGGAUGUUGGUCAUGCUAGAACGACUUGAUAUAUCCAAUAACAAGUUGACAGGAACUUUAGCAGCUCUUUAUGGAAUCCGUUCUUUCCUCAACAUCAAUGUUUCAUACAAUCUCUUCACUGGUCCAAUACCAGGAACACUCAUGAAAUUUGUCAACUCGUCUCCAUCAUCUUUCUUUGGCAAUCCUGGCCUGUGUAUCAAUUGUCUUCCUUCAGGUGGCUGGACUUGCACCGGAAAUGGCUUUUUUAAACCCUGUGAUCAUGGUUUGGGAAGUCAGAAGAGCCUUAGUAAACUGCAAGUUGCAAUGAUAUCCCUUGGUUCCUCACUAGCUGUUGUAUCUGUGUUUCUUGUUGUGGGUUCCAUGUGUCUCUUUUGCAGAAGAACAGAGGCAGGACCUGAGAUCUCUGCCGAACAAGGUACGUCUUCCUUACUCAGCAAAGUGAUGGAGGCCACUGAAAAUUUAAAUGACAGGCAUAUCAUUGGUAGAGGGGCUCAUGGAGUUAUUUAUAAGGCCUCCCUGAAUCCAGGCGGCGAUUUUGCUGUCAAAAAGGUUCAAUUUACAGGGCACGAAGGAGGGAGCAAAAGUAUGGUUAGAGAAAUUCAAACCAUAGGGAAAAUCAGGCACCGGAAUCUGGUCAGAUUGGAGGACUUUUGGUUGGUAAAGGACUAUGGUUUACUCUUAUACAGGUACAUGGAAAACGGGAGCCUUCAUGAUGUAUUAUAUGAGGUAAAUCCACCACCAACUCUAAGCUGGAAAGUCCGCUUCCAGAUUGCACUUGGAACGGCCCAUGGAUUAGAGUAUCUUCAUCAUGACUGCAAUCCUGCUAUAGUACACCGGGAUAUCAAACCCAAAAACAUCCUUUUAGAUGCCGAUAUGGAGCCUCAUAUCUCUGACUUUGGAAUUGCUAAGCUUCUGAACAAGUCUGGCGGUGCAACAUCCAUUUUGGUUGCAGGCACAAUUGGAUAUAUCGCACCAGAAAAUGCAUUUACCACAAGGAGGAGCAAGGAAUCAGAUGUGUACAGUUACGGGGUGGUGUUGCUUGAACUGAUAACCAGAAAGAAGGCAGUGGAUCCCUCAUUCAUGGGAGAAACAGACGUCGUGGGUUGGGUUCGGAGCCGCAGAGAAGUUAACAGAAUUGUCGAUUCAAACCUUGCAGAUGAGCUGUUGGAUUCGAAUAUUAGAGAAGAGGUUAUUAAUGUGCUUUCGGUGGCUAUGAGAUGUACUGAAAGGGAAGCCAGCAAGAGACCCACAAUGAGAGAUGUAGUGAGGCAAUUGUUUUAUGUUGCUGAGAAAAAGAAGUAAGGGUAGGUGUAGGGUGUAGUUUAAGUUGAUUCCUGCUUCAUUAUUCCCUGAAAUCCACAUUCGAAAAGUUCCUUCUAAUGUCUUUUUACCCUUGGAAAAUAAUUUCCUUCCAACAAUUACAACGUGUUUGGAUUGAGAGGGGAAAAAAAAACUGAAGGAUUUUCCUCCAAUGAAAUGAAGAUUUGGUCCCUGUUUUUAAUUGGAGAAAAAUCAAGUUAGAUUACAUGA